AUGAGACACCAUCUCGGUUCCGCCCUGCGCCCACGGAGCGAGUCUUUGAAAAGUAAUAGGUCAUCGACUGAAGAGACACGCGAUGCCGAUCAAGAAGAGACGGUCGUUGAACCGGAGCAGAACAAUGUGCUCUCUCAUAUUAUCGCCCAACUACGACCCGGCGCGGAUCUGUCGCGGAUCACGCUGCCGACAUUCAUUCUGGAAGAAAGAUCCAUGCUCGAGCGGAUAACCAAUUUCAUGGCACAUCCCGAAACCCUGCUGCCUAUGCCAGAAAUCGAUGACCCGGUCCAGCGAUUUGUGUCGGUUAUCAAGUUUUAUCUAAGCGGCUGGCACAUCAAGCCUCCUGGGGUGAAAAAGCCGCUGAAUCCUAUUCUCGGAGAGACCUUCACCUGCUGGUGGGAGUACAAGGAUGGAACGAAGGGCUACUACAUUUCCGAGCAGACGUCCCACCACCCUCCCAAGUCGUCCUACUUCUUUAUGGCACCCGAGCACCACAUCAGGGUGGAUGGCACGCUGCGGCCUCGAAGCAAAUUUCUCGGCAACUCUGCCGCCAGUCUGAUGGAGGGUAUCUCAUACCUCACAUUCCUCAACCGGCAGAAUGAAAGAUACAUCAUCACGCAACCGAACAUGUACGCCCGUGGUAUCUUGUUCGGCAAAAUGAAGUACGAGCUCGGCGACCACUCCUACGUACGGUGUCCCGCAACCGGACUUUCAGCCGAUCUCGAGUUCAAGACCAAAGGUUGGGUGGCGGGUACAUACAACGCCAUUGGAGGCAUUAUAAAGAACGAACAGACUGGCGAGCAACUCUAUGAGCUGUCCGGUCUAUGGACCGGUGAAAUGUUCAUCAAAGACUUGACUACAGGACAGAAGAAACCGCUUUUUGAUGCAACGCAUGCCAAGCAUACGCCUCCUCUAACACGGCCAAUCGAAGAGCAAAGCGAGCGCGAGUCACAAAGACUGUGGCUACCCACCGUGAAAGCUGUGCAUGUCAAGGACCACGUCAAAGCCACGGAUGAAAAAGCCAAAAUCGAAGACCGGCAACGAGAGGAGGCGCGUCAGCGGGAAGAAAAGGGCGAGCAGUGGGCUCCGAAGCUAUUUCGACCCGUUCGUCCUGGAUCUGGAGAAUCUGAAGGGGGUAGCGAGGACCUGGAAUGGAUCAUCAAUGCCGAGUUCGAUACAUCGGAUCCGAAGAAAUGCACAGAGCAGAUUCUGGCCAUCGCACCUAUUCUUCCGGGAUCGGGUGCCGGUCAAGGGUCGGUCAAGGCUCCCAACGAGACGACUUCAGGAAAGGAGAGCACAACUUCAACGGGAACCUCUGCAGCCCACCAGGCGACAUCGAACCUCAUUGAUUUCGAUUCUCGGCCCGCGAGCACCGCUCCUCCUGAGCCUAAGGUUGAUGCUCAGUCUCAUAACAAGGGCGCGACCGAGCAGCACAACCUGCUUCACCCAACAUCUGACCCUCAACAGACACAACCGGUUCACCAAUCCACGGUCACGCAAGCGCCGACUGGAAACGCCAAAGCGGCAGCAGGAGGCAACCUUCUCGAUUUUGACGAUGAGGUGCAUGAUACAACGAACAAGGUGUCGAGCCUCAAUAUGUCCAACCCGGCUAUGCAGCCCAGGAGCCCCCUGCAGCGAACAGACACGGGAACGAGCGAAGUGGAUGUCUUUGUGGACGCGGAGGAGAAAUGA